AUGGUAAUUCUCACAAAAGAGAAAGCUUUGGAAGCAAGCAAAGAAACUCUUUGGGAGCCUCAAUUGGAGAGAGACGCAUGUGGAGUCGGUUUUGUCGUCUCGAUCAAAGGGAUCCAAACUCAUAAAAUUCUAAAAGAUGCACGAACGAUGUUGGAGAGAAUGGCGCAUCGGGGUGCUUGUGGAUGCGAUAAUGACACGGGAGAUGGAGCUGGAGUGCUCACUGCAAUUCCCGAUUCACUCUAUCGAGAUGAGUUGAAGAAAACUGAAAACCUUGAUUUACCACCAUUUGGGCAAUACGCGACGGGAAUCGUUUUCUUGAAUGAAGACUCGUAUAAACAGGCAAAGGAAGCUCUUGGUGAUCUGGCUCGAGCCUGUAAGUUGAAAGUGGUCGUUUGGCGGAAACUCUCGACAAAUAGGGAUUGUGUGGGAGAAGAGGCGAGAAAGACCGAGCCGCUCAUUAGACAGGUUUUCAUCACUGCUGACUAUGCAUCCACUGAUCGAGAGCUUUUCGAAAGAAACAUCUAUUUACUCCGUAAACGAGCCUACUCAGUGAUGCAUAAACAAGAAGUCGAAUGCUAUCUCUGUUCGCUUUCAACCACGACAAUCGUCUACAAGGGUCAAUUCACGCCGGCUCAAUUGUACAAAUACUACGGAGAUUUAACAGACGAUCGCUUCAUCUCACAUAUUGCUUUGGUUCACUCGCGCUUUUCAACAAAUACUUUUCCAGCUUGGCAUAGAGCUCAACCAAAUCGAAUGGUUGCUCACAAUGGUGAGAUCAACACUCUUCGCGGGAAUAUAAAUCUGAUGCACGCUAGAGAGGGGAUUAUGAAAAGUAAAGCCUAUGGAGACAAUUUGGAAAAGCUUUUUCCCAUUGUUGAAGUUGGUUUGACUGAUUCGGGAUGUUUCGAUAACGUGUUAGAGUUUUUGGUGAAAGCCGGUCAACGCUCAUUGCCAGAAGCGGCAAUGAUGAUGGUUCCAGAAGCUUGGGAAAAGGAUGAGGAGAUGAGCCUUGAGAAGAAGCAAUACUAUCGAUGGGCGGCGAUGUCAAUGGAGCCUUGGGAUGGGCCAGCUCUUUUGGCUUUUUCGGACGGUCGAUAUAUUGGAGCGAUCUUGGAUCGGAAUGGACUUCGACCGGCAAGAUAUUAUCUAACUGAUGAUGAUCAUCUCUACCUUAGCUCUGAAGUCGGUGUCAACGAUCACCUUGUUGAAUCAGUUGUGAAAAAGGUUGGUGUUUGG